UUAAAGGUAUAGAGUGUGAAAAGACUUUCACUGAUAGAACACAUCAGCCGACUCACAUGGGCAAGAAAGGAUUCAAAUGCAAGGAGUGUGGGAAGAUCUUCAGUCAGAGUGGAAACCUCAAUAUACAUCAACGGACUCACACAGGGGAAAAACCAUUUAAAUGCAUGGAGUGUGGAAAGAGCUUCAUUCAGAGUGGACACCUGAGAAGACAUCAACGGACUCACAUAGGGGAGAAACCAUUUAAAUGUAUAGAGUGUGGAAAGAGCUUUAGUGAUAAUGGAACCCUUAGAACACAUCAAUGGACUCACACAGGGGAGAAACCAUAUGAAUGUAUGGAGUGUGGGAAGAGCUUCAGUUACGAUGCAGGCCUUAGAUCACAUCAACGGACUCACACAGGGGAGAAACCAUAUGAAUGUAUGGAGUGUGGGAAGAGCUUCAGUUACCAUGCAGGCCUUAGAUCACAUCAACGGACUCACACAGGGGAGAAACCAUAUGAAUGUAUGGAGUGUGGGAAGAGCUUCAGUUACCAUGCAGGCCUUAGAUCACAUCAACGGACUCACACAGAGGAGAAACCAUGUGAAUGUAUGGAGUGUGGAAAGAGCUUUAGUGAUAAUGGAACCCUUAGAAGACAUCAACGGACUCACACAGGGGAGAAACCAUUUAAAUGUAUAGAGUGCGGAAGAAAAUUCAGUCAGAGUGGACACCUAAAUAUGCAUCAACUGACUCACACGGGUGAAAAACCUUUUAAAUGCAUGGAGUGCGGAAAGAGCUUUAGUGAUAAUGGAACCCUUAGAACACAUCAACGGACUCACACGGGGGAGAAACCAUAUGAAUGUAUGGAGUGCGGAAAGAGCUUUUGUUAUAAUGGAACCCUUAGAACACAUCAACGGACUCACACAGGGGAGAAACCAUAUGAAUGUAUGGAGUGCGGAAAGAGCUUCAGUUUCAAUGGAAGCCUUAGAAGACAUCAACGGACUCACACGGGGGAGAAACCAUAUGAAUGUAUGGAGUGCGGAAAGAGCUUUUGUUAUAAUGGAACCCUUAGAACACAUCAACGGACUCACACAGGGGAGAAACCAUAUGAAUGUAUGGCGUGCGGAAAGAGCUUUCGUGAUAACCGCAACCUUAGAAGACAUCAACAGACUCACACAGGGGAGAAACCAUGUAAAUGUAUGGAGUGUGGAAAGAGCUUUAGUGAUAAUGGAACCCUUAGAAGACAUCAACGGACUCACACAGGGGAAAAACCAUUUAAUUGCAUGGAGUGCGGAAGGAAAUUCAGUCAGAGUCGACACCUCAGCGUGCAUCAACUGACUCACACAGGGGAGAAACCAUAUGAAUGAUUUGUUCUCAGGAGCUAAGUUUUGUGCCUCACUGUGGUCCCAGUCAUAACUGUAGCCUUUGAAAGCUCAGUAAACUAUUACUGAAGAAGU